UAAAAACACGGUGCGGCAGAUCUGAGUCUCAAGAGUAGAAAAAAAGGAAAGGAAAGAAAAGAAAAACAAACAUACUCCGCGUGGAUUGAGCGGAACUGUGUCACGUGACUGGUACAGGAAGAGGCUUGAUGGUGCUGGCAGCACGGGACAGGUUUUGGACGGUUAGGACCAGAACAUGUUUGUGACUGUGUUCCUGCUGCUGGUCGCUCUGUGCGGCCACAGAGGAAAUGGAGAGGAGAUGGAAGAGGCAAAGAGACCUGGACAUAUUUCUGUGAUCAUAGUGGGAGGCACUGGGGACCUGGCAAAGAAAUACCUGUGGCAGGGCUUCUUCCAGCUCUAUGUUAACCAGGUCAGUAGUGGAAACACCUUUUCUUUCUAUGGUGGAGGACUGACACCUACUGAUAAAGGCUUACCGGUCUUCUACGAGAUUCUCAAAGCAGUUUCUUGCUCAAAAAACGUAUCACAAGAGCGCUGUGCUGUGCUAAAAGAGCAGUUCCUGAGGCUCUCGCAGUAUCGACAGCUGAAGACUCCAGAGGACUACCAGGAAUUGACCAAGCACCUUGAGCAACAGCUUCAGCAGGAGGGAAUGACGGAGGCAGGGAGGCUCUUUUACCUCUCUGUUCCUGCUUUUGCAUAUGCAGAUAUUGCUGAGAAGGUUAACAGCAGUUGUAGGCCUGCCAGUGGGGCUUGGCUGAGGGUCGUGCUAGAGAAACCUUUUGGACAUGACUACAGGAGUGCUCAAGUCCUAGCAUCUCAACUUGGAAGCUCACUGAAGGAGGAGGAAAUGUACAGAAUUGAUCACUACUUGGGAAAGCAGGUGGUGUCAAAGAUACUUCCAUUUAGAAUCGAGAACAGAAAAUUUCUGGAUCCCAUCUGGAACCGGCACCACAUCCAGAGAAUAGAGAUUGUUUUGAAAGAGACUCUAGAUGUUAAAGGUCGUAUUCCCUUCUAUGACCAGUAUGGGGUGAUCAGAGAUGUGCUACAGAACCACCUGACUGAGGUCAUGACGCUGUUGACCAUGAAGCUUCCUAAAAAUGUGAGCAACAGUGAAGAAGUUCUGCAAAAAAAGCUGGAGAUCUUCAGUUCCUUGCUGCCUUUAGGAAAGAAUCAAGCUGUGAUUGGACAGUAUCAGACUUACAAAGAUGAGGUUCAGCAGGAGUUGAACAAGACAAAAGAUCAUGUCAGCCAGACGCCCACAUUUGCAGCUGUUCUGGCUCACAUCGAUGAUGCCCAGUAUGAAGAUGUACCGAUUCUUUUGACCUCAGGGAAGAUGCUGGAUGAAAGAAUAGGGUAUGCACGCAUACUUUUCAAAAACGACGUAUUUUGCCUUCAGAACCACAACAGCAUUCACUGCAAACCCAAACAGAUAGUUUUCUACUUUGGCCAUGGCAGCCUUCUGUAUCCAGCAAUUCUUGUAAGUAAGAAUUUAUUCAAGCCAGCUGUGACAGACAGUGAGUGGAAGGAAGUGACUAAGCACAAAGAUGUCCGUGUUUUAGGUUUGCCCAUUUCAGACUACUAUGUGCAAACUCCAACAGAAGAGAAGGAAGCUUACGCAGAACUUAUUUCUCAAAUCUUUGCUGGACGUAAGAAUUGCUUCAUUAGUACUGAAAACCUGUUGGCCUCCUGGGACUUAUGGACACCACUUCUCAACAGCUUGACCAGCUCCUUUCCUCGAAUCUAUCCCGGUGGUGCUAACAAUGGAGACAUGUUGGACGUUUGUCUAAAAGGAAAAGACAUUAGCUACAACACUGAGGUAGUGAUAAUCAACUCUGAUAAGAUGGGUGGCGAAUCAUCUGAUAGUUUUAAAGCGAUACAAGGCAAAUUUCGCAGUACCGACAUGGUCUCUGGCUGGAAUGAGCAAGUAGUCGAGAUGCUUGCUGCAGAUAUGCAGGAGGCAGCGGAGGCGGCGAUAGACGAGGGCGGCGUUUUCCACCUCGCCCUCUCUGGUGGGUCGACUCCUCUUGCUCUGUACCACAGGUUGGCCGUGCACCACUUCUCCUUUCCCUGGAGGAAUACUCAUGUGUGGAUGGUGGAUGAGCGCUGCGUGCCACCAAAUGAACUGGAGUCUAACUUUUACAGAUUGCAUGAAAACCUACUGAAGCAUGUGAGGAUACCCUAUUACAACAUCCAUCCCAUGCCAGUGCAGCUUAACCAGCGUCUGUGUGUGGAGGAGGAUGGAGGAGCACUGCUAUAUGAGAAAGAGCUUAGCAAAUAUGUUAAUGGAUCCAGCUUCCACUUUGUACUGCUGGGUGUUGGCUAUGAUGGCCACACAGCCUCUCUGUUCCCUGGUGUUAAAGUGGACCAACAUGGAGAGAGUUUGGUGGCUCUCACUGAGAGCCCCACCAAGCCUCACCAGCGCAUGAGCCUCACUUUCAGUGCCAUUAACCGAGCACACAAAGUUGCUCUUUUGAUAAUGGGAAAAGGCAAACAUGAACUGGUCACCCAGCUGAGUCGAGUUAAGGACAUCCCAGACAAAUAUCCCGUGACUGGGGUGAAGCCUGCCAAUGGUAGUCUUGUUUGGUAUAUAGACUACGAAGCGCUUUUAGGGUAAGGGGGGGGUUGUUUAUUUCCAGCUUUUAAUCAAAUAUCUUUGCAGCUGUUGUCAUUGAGCUACUGGUUGGUGAUAAAGGAUGUAAAUAAACCAGCAAAGAAAGG